UUGCUAGACUAACGCGAAUAUAUUUGAUAUCUUACCAAACAGUUUCCCCGCCGAAAAAGUUCUCAAAUGGGUUACAUUUAAUCUAAUGACGAAAUCGCGAAAAAGCUCGAUCCAGAAAGCUUCAUUUGUUGGCAUGCACAACCAAUAUAACACGCCAGCCAUGACUAGCGACGAACAAAGUCGAGAAAUGGUUGAGGCAUAUGAGAGCACAGCCGAAGAGCAACAGCUACCAAAAUGGGUGGAUCAGGAAUUGUUCGUGGAGUUUUUAGAACGCGACUUUGAGGAUCUGAAGAGCAUCAAGGAGUUUAAAGUGGAGGCAACGGGUGGCAAGGGAGAGAACUACACAACCCUCCUGCUACGUGCAAGUUUCUCUCUAGAGCUGAACGAUGGCUCUCUGAAAAGCACUUCUUAUAUGGCCAAGGUUCUUCCCAAUACUGUCAGCACACGGGAUCUCGUUACGACUUGGAAGGUAUUCGAGAAGGAGAGCAACUCCUAUGCCAAUUACCUGCCAGAUUUCGAGCAAAUGUACCGAAAGGCCGAGAAGAAAGUUACCUUUGGGCCACGCUACUACCAGCAUUCGAAGGAACUGGAUGAGGAGCUCAUUAUCCUGGAGGAUCUGUGCCAGCGCGGCUUCAGAAAUGUGAGCCGUCAGAAUGGCUUCGAUAUGGUGCACACCAAGGCGGCACUUGAGAAGUUGGCUCAGUUUCAUGCCGCUUCGGCAGUGCGGUUUGAACUUAAGGGACCCUAUCCAGAGACUUACGACAGAAAUCUGUGCGGCACAGAGGAUAACUUCAAGGAGUUUCGGGAACACCAAUCCAAGACGUUUGUCGAAGCGCUGGACCUCUAUAACGCCUCUCACCUGAAGAAGACAAUUGAAGCCUACAGCCAACAAGCAGAGGACAUGUUCCAAGCGCACGCCCCCAAGAUAGAAAACGAGUUUCGUGUGCUCAACCAUGGCGAUGCCUGGUGCAACAACUUCAUGUUUCAAUACGACGAAGAGGGUGUGCUAAGCGAAACAUAUUUCGUAGAUCUGCAGAUGAGUCGGUACUGCUCGCCCGCCCAGGACCUGCUCUACAUGAUUCUUUCCUCCGUUAACGGCGACAUAAAGAUACAAAAGUUUGACUACUUCAUCCAUUACUACCACGAAAAACUCACUGAAAACUUAACACUCUUAAAGUACCCCAAGAGCUUACCAAAGCUGAAGAGCCUCCAUCAAUCCAUCUACAGUUACGGCGAUUGGAUUUUUCCGAUAGUAACCGUUCUCCUGCCAAUCGUCCUUGUCGAUGCCAAUGACAAUGCCAAUAUGGAUGCCUUAAUGGACAAGGAUGGAGUCGGGGACCAGUUCAGAAACAGCCUGUUCCACAACCCUCGCAUCGGGAGACACCUUAAGGAGGUCCUCCCUUGGGCUCACAGUCGAGGAGCCUUUGAAGUAUUUGUGCGACAGAACUAUGCACGGCGGUGCAAAUAUCAGUCCCUAGACGUUCGCACAGUCGAACGGACGCACACAAAUUGCGAUCUCUAUUUGAACAAAGAAUCAAAGUACACCUCCAGCUACACAAUGGGUCUACGAAAUUCCAAGCCAAAGCACAGCUAUGAGGUAACUCCUCCAAAGUCUGAAAAACAGCUCCCUCCCAAGGCAAUAUCCCCAUCCCCGGAACCCACCCCUGUGGCACAGAUUAAAUCUGACGACACACCUAUCCUCAGCCCCAGCACCACUACAAUCGCCGACGGUCCUUCUCUGGGGCCAGAUUGGCUUAAUGAGACACAAUUUGUGGAUAUACUUUCUGCCAAUGUUCCUCAGUUUUCAAGGAUUCUUAGCUUUCGCGCUAAGCCCGCCAUGUCCCCCGGAGAGAACUAUGCCACCCUCAUGCUGCGAAUCAGCAUCGAUGUGGAGCUCAAUGACAAAAGUACUAAAGCCACAUCCUUCAUGAUGAAGGUUCCACAUAAAACCCCUCAAAUGGAACAAAUGCUGGCUAUGGCAAACUUUUUCAAUACUGAGAAUAUGGCUUAUAUUGAUGUUUUACCGAAACUGGAAGAGCUCUAUAAAGCCAAGGGAAUGGACGUCACAUUGGCACCGCGAGCCCAUAGACUAGACUCUAGCCGGGAGCCAAAACUGGCAUAUACCGUGCUCAUGAAUGAUCUGGGUCAGGACGGCUUCAAGAAUUUGAAUCGUCUGGAGUGCCUGAACUUGGAGCAAACCAAGUUUGUUCUGCGAAAACUGGCCCAAUACCAUGCGGCCACUGCAAUGAUGAUUCAAGUGAAUGGACCUUAUCCAGAUAUAUUCAUGAAUGGUAUGUUCGGAACGAAUAAGGAUGCCAUAAAAGCCUUCGUAGACGGAAUGCUUGGUUCCUUCCAAACUACAUUUAUGGAAAAUCUGAAAAACCUAAAGGAUGGAGAGCAGUAUCGGGACAAGCUCAACAAAACAUUUUCAAAAUUUGCCUCGGAGUUCGUAAAGCUAAGCGAGUACGAUCCCAAAGAGUUUAAUGUUUUGAACCACGGCGAUUGUUGGACAAAUAAUUUAUUGUUCAAGCUCGACUCCAAGGGAGAACUUCAAGAUAUGGUGUUUGUGGACUUUCAAAAUCCCAAAUACGGAUCCCCGGUCCAGGACAUCUUCUAUUUUAUCAUCACUUCAGUGCACAUAGACUACAAGAUGAAAUACUUUGACUUCUUUAUACGGCACUAUCACGAGCAGCUUACCAAACAUCUGAAUGUGCUGGGCUUUACAGGACACCAGCCUUUGCUCCGUGAGCUUCACAUGCAGUUUUAUAAGUACGGAGACUGGGCGUUGUACCCGUCGAUUACCGUGCUGCCUGUCGUGCUCUUGGAUCCCACUGAGGGUGCCACAUUCGAGAAUUUCAUGGGUUACACCGAAUCAGCCGCCAACUUCAAAAAUCUGUUGUACACCAACCCACGUUACCACAGCUACAUCGAGCAGAUACUACCUUGGCUGGACAAUCGUGGUCUGCUGGACGUAGACCAGCCGAUGAAGAAUGAAACUCCAUUACCUACGCAGCCCAAUUCCUUCUACGAGAUCUUCGACUGGCUAAAUAUAGACGACUUCAGAGACAUAAUAGCCGCCACGGAUCCAGAGUUCGAGAGCAUUGUGAGCGGUUAUUCGGUAUUGGCAACCAAACCAGGCGAUAACUAUGCGUCCAAACUGCACAGAGUGGACAUCAACGUACUGCUAAAAGAUAAAAGCGCCAAGACCUAUUCGUAUAUUCUGAAAGUGCAAGUUGCAGCUAGUGAUAUGAUUAACUUUUCCGACUUCAACCUAUUUUCCAAGGAGAUUAUGGUAUACGACAAAUAUGUGCCCGCCUUUGAGGAACUCUAUAAAGAUGCAGGUCUAGCAGUCACGUUUAGUCCGAAGUCCUAUAGGCUGAGCAAGCCGGUCACAGCAGAGUAUCUGAUUCUGGAGAAUCUGCAAGCAAGAGAAUUCAAGAUGUGCGAUCGGUUGAAAGGCAUGGACUUGGAACAUAGCAAGUGUGCACUAAAAAAGCUGGCUCAAUGGCAUGCAGCUUCACUCAAGUACAAGGAGCUCAAUGGACCAUACCCCGCUAUGUGCCAGAAAGGCAUCUUCACCGAAAAAACGGAGGAAAUAUUUAAGCCCAUGUUUGCCCAGAGCAGGAAAACUUUUUUGGAUGUAGUAGCCAAUUUUAAAGGAGCUGAUGAAUAUAUGCAUAAGCUGCCAUCGAUUUUGGAUGCCCAUGUGGCGGAAGUCAUUAAAGAUUCCAAAGUUAAUGAGGAAGAGUUCAAUGUGCUCAACCAUGGGGAUGCGUGGGUGAAUAACAUCAUGUUCAAAUACGAUUCGGACGAACAUGUCCAGGAAACCUACUUGCUAGAUCAUCAGGUCACGCAAUACGGGAACCCAGCCCAAGAUCUAUAUUAUUUCAUAAUGAGCUCCACAACGUUGGACAUUAAAGUUGAUCAGUUUGAUUAUCUCAUCAGAUGGUAUCAUCAAAAUCUAGUGGAACACGCCGGACUCUUGAAAUACCACGGUUUCGUUCCCACUCUUAAGGAACUUCACAUCAUAUUGAUAGAGCAUCCCAUUUUCGCGGUCGGCACUAUAAUUAGUACCUUAACCAUUUGCCUCAACAAAGCUGACGACAAUUUUACUACAGAUGCCUUUUUUGGUGACAAUCCUGAAUCAGAUGCUCUGAGAUCAAAGCUCAUGAGCAAUGAGCGAUACAGAGCUAACAUUGAGCGUAUUAUGCCUUGGCUAAAUGGGCGUGGGCUUCUCGAUUUUGUAGUAGACUCUGUUGACGCCGGAAGAACUGAAUAGAUUCAAUAUUAGAU